AUGUCACAGGAGCGAGAAAAGGAAGUCUCUGUCGAGCAGGGCCUGGAGCCUAGCUUGCAAGAAAAGUCUGGUGUCGAGACUCCAGACGGCAGCACAGAAGAAUCAGCGCCUGAGCAAGAGGCCGUUCCCGUCGAUCAACCGAAAGCACCGUACAACCCAUGGGCCGACCCCUCGUCUUUCCCUGAUGGUGGGACUGAAGCCUGGCUGACUGUCCUGGGUGGCUUUUGCUGUUUGUUCAAUUCCUGGGGAUGGAUCAACUGUGUCGGAGUGUUCACGUCGUACUAUCUGGAACACCCUCUAUCGCAAUAUUCGGCCAGUACCGUCGCAUGGAUUCCUGCUGUCGAGACGUUCUUCAUGCUCGCCGCUGGCCCCGUGGCUGGUUACAUCUUCGACAACUACGGCCCUCGAUACCUUCUCGUGAUCGGCAGCUUCCUUCACGUCUUCGGCCUGAUGAUGACCUCUCUCGCGAAAGAAUACUACCAGUUCAUGCUAAGUCAAGGCGUGUGCUCGGCCAUUGGUGCCAGCUUCCUCUUCAACCCGGCCAUGGGUUGUGUCUCGACGUGGUUCUUCAAGAAACGAGGCAUGGCCAUUGGACUCAUGGCGGCUGGGUCUUCGCUGGGAGGUGUCAUCUUCCCGAUCGUCGUGUCGCGCAUGAUCCGGGAGACUGGCUUCGGCUGGGCCAUGCGUACCUGCGCGUUCCUGAUUCUUUUUAACAGCAUCGUCGCCAUCUUGACCCUCCGCUCGCGGAUCCCUCCAUCGGGUCGCAAAUUCGACAUCAACGCUUUCGUCCGUCCUCUCAGGGAACUUCCAAUGGUGUGGACGACGUUCGCCGUGUUCUUCUUCUACUGGGGCAUGUUCUGCGUCAUGACCUUUAUCACGACCGUCGCCCACGCUCGGGGAAUGUCUCAACAACUUGCCGAUUACCUUGUGUCGAUCCUCAACGCAGGUUCCAUAUUCGGUCGUACGAUCCCAGGCAUCAUCGGCGACAAGGUUGGCCGGUUCAACGUCAUGAUUGUCUUUUGCACCCUCACAAUCAUAUUCUUAUUGGGCCUUUGGAUCCCAGGCACGAGCAAUGCCGCGCAGAUCGUCUUCGCAUUGAUGUUCGGCUUCAGUUCAGGUGCGGCCAUCGGUCUUACGCCCGCUCUGAUUGCUCAGAUAUCGCCAAUCAGAGAGAUUGGAGUCCGAACGGGCACCGUCUUCGCCGCUGGAUCGAUCGGUGCUCUGACUGGAAGUCCCAUCGCCGGUGCUCUGAUUAGCAGGGACCACGGCAAGUUCUUGUACAUGAUGCUCUUUGGAGGAUGCACCUGCAUUGUCGGCGUGGGUUUCUUCACCGCCGCACGAAUCAGUAUCGGUGGCCUUUCUCUCAAGAAGAAAAUAUGA